AUGUCCCAGUCUACCCCCCGCAAGACGCACGACCGCGAAGCAGUCAUGUCCACACCAACUCCCUUGCGCCGACUGAGUGCAGGGACACACGGCCAAACACCGCGCUCGCAUCCACCAACACCUGGGUAUUGCUCGCCCCAUACGACCCGCACUCCCAAGCACAUCGCCACAGCGCGUAACCCCAACCACACCACACCAGGACGGACACCUACCCGCCCACCCACGCCUGCGCGCUUGCUCCUCCGCUCCGACCCAGACGACGACGCCAAGAUGGCGCGCGUGAGUCCCCGUCCACCAACACCGCCUCGACUGGCGAUCCGCACAGUCGCCCAGGGACACCUUGGGCUAGGAUUAGGAACACCGAAGCGGCCUCGCUCGCCCCGUUCGCCUCACGACACGUUCAAGGCCCCGCGGUUGGUGGUCGGGGAACACGCGCGCCCUCGCCAGACUUCACUCACGACUUUCUUCACACCCCAGCCGUCAAGGCCGGCCCUCACGCUGCCUAGCACAGUGGCGGUCGAGCGCAGAAUCGCACCCCUCCCCCGCCCCACUCCCCUAGCUCUCAAGCAUCCCAACAGCCGGCUUCCGCGUCCUCCAACCACUCCCCGUUUCACAGUGCCGGUGCCGUUCGGUGGGCGCGUGGGCGACAACACCGCAGCAUCACUACUCAAGUCUGCCAAGCGUCCAGAUGGUGCUCCCGCUCCAGUGGCUGGGGAUAUGGAUGAAGCCAAGUGCUUAGCUCCUGCCCCUCGCAAGACUGCCAUCCCGCUUCGCCGACCGUCAACUCGCUCCACCACCGCUCCUGCUCGCCGCCAGCCGUCUUACCCGUCAUCAUUAGGUUCGGGGCCAACUGCCCGCCCGACUAACCGCGCCGUGUCCAACCCAAUGGUCAAGCCUGUCAUUACUGAAUCAAUGGAGGUGGACGAGCCAAGCACCUCCCAUCCUUCUGUCUCCGAGCCCACGCCCGGCCGAACAGCUUCAGCACCAACGCGGCCUUCUGCUCGCGCAUCAGAGCCGGUCCGCCCUGCCGUCCGACCCGAUAUGCUGCCCAAGCGUGAGAGCCUCAGCAUGCCCUCCCGCCGCGAGGGUUACGAUGACACUGCACGCAACCUCUCGGCUCUGAACGCCGCCCUCGCCAACCUCCGCAUCCCCUCCCGAGCCCGCGAGACCGACACUCUCCGUCCACGCACUCGCCCCCCAACACCAACAGUCACCUCAACUCCUCUACCUGCCGUGGGAUCAACUCCCCGCCCCCGCAACCUGUCCUCCAGACCUCCCCUCGCGCCCGAAAAGGGCCGCCUCGAGCGCCUCAUGAAUACAGAGAGCAAGCUUUUCCGGGGCGUGACAGCAUACGUCGACGUGCGAAACGAGGACGGUGCCGACGUCGGAUCCAGCUUCAUCGAGAUGCUGCGCAACGGCGGGGCGAGGGUCCUGUCUCGCCCAACCGAAAACUGCACGCACUUCAUCUACAAGAGCGGUCGGCCAAACACGGCCGCCUUCUGGCGCCGGUUGGACUCUGAACGACGACCACAUGUAGUCGGCCUGCGGUGGGUCGUGAACAGUCUCAAGGCUGGACGACGGGAGAGCGAGGCCGAGCACUGUGUCGACUUUGCCGACGAAGUCGUGUUCCAGAAGCGCACGAAGAGCAUGGAACCCAAGGCGUUGCCGUUGUCCAAGCUCCGCCUGGUAUCUAUCCCCGAGGCCCCAUACCGCGCCUACACCCCCAAGGUACCCUCCCCUCUGCGUCCGAUGUACGAGUGA